AUGACAGAAAGUAAUCAACACAAUCGAAUCGUAAAGUAUAUAAAUGAAAUCAUAGAAUAUUGUCGACAAGAUCCAACAAGGAUAGAAGUAGCAGUUGCAAACUUUAAUUGCUUAUUAACUGCAAUGAAAUUAUAUGAUCGCGCGCCAAGAUAUUUUAACUCAAUAUUUGACGAUUGUGAUGCUACUAUUCCACUUCAGAAUGCUCCAAUUAUACCAUUAGCUGCAGAUAAACCACCAGAAUCCCAAAAUAAGCCUCCAGUUCUUAAUGAACUUGAAAAGAUAUAUGGCAAAAAACUCAAAAUCACAGAUCUUCAAAUGUUAGGUUCAGCUUUAUCUCAAAAUCUUAAUAUUAAAUUAGAUCGUGACACAAAACGCAGCAAAGUUGCAAUGAUCAACUGGUUUGCGACCAAUUGGAAUGUUAUCUUACCAAAAAUUUACGAAUUAGGACUCCAAAGAAUGGAUUUCAGCAAAGCAAAAUAA